AUGGCCAACACCCAGACAUUAAGGGAGCUGGCUAUCCCAGACUUGACUCAUCAGCCCUUGUGCAUCACGUUCCCAACUCUGGCUGAAAAUACCUCUUUCGAGCUGAAAUCGGAGUUGAUUCAGCUCCUGCCUUCGUUUCAUGGUCUCUCUGGCGAAGAACCCCACAAACAUGUCAAGGAAUUCGAAAUAGUUUGCUCUAGCAUGAAACCCCCUGGGGUCACUGAGGAGCAAAUAAGACUGAGAGCCUUCCCCUUCUCUCUCAAGGAUGCAGCGAAGGAUUGGUUAUACUACCUGCCUACAGGUAGUAUCACCACGUGGGCACAAUUGAAAAAGAAAUUCCUGGAGAAAUUUUUUCCCGCAUCCCGGGCUGCAAGUUUGAGGAAGGAGAUUUGCAGCAUCAAGCAGUACUCCGGGGAGUCAUUGUACGAUUUUUGGAAAAGGUUCAACAAGUUGUGCGCUAGAUGCCCACAGCAUCAGAUUAGUGAACAACUGUUGAUCCAGUACUUCUAUGAGGGACUCCAGUCAACUGACAGGAGUAUUAUUGACGCUGCGAGUGUAGGAGCCCUGGCGAGCAAGACACCGAGGGAAGCGUGGGACCUUAUUGAAGCCAUGGCAGAAAACUCUCAGCAGUUCGGCUUCCGUGAGAGCAAUCCUACCCGUAGAGUCAAUGAGGCAGAGACGUCAUCCAUCCAGCAGCAACUGUCAGAGUUGACGUCUGCUGUCAGUCAAUUGGCCAUGAGAGACACACCGCGAGCGAAGGCGUGUGGAAUCUGUACUAGCAUGGACCACUGCACGGAUUCGUGCCCCAUUCUGCAAGAGGACGGGGCGGAACGGGUAAAUAUGGCCGGAGGCGUGCCCGCGCCACGCAGGCAGUAUGACCCGUAUUCCAACACAUACAACCCCGGUUGGAGAGACCAUCCCAAUCUCAGUUAUGGGAACAUGCAACAAGGUUCAUUCCCGAAUCGUCCACCAGGAUUCCACCAGCCUUGGCAACCAAAAUCUCAACCCUCAUCCUCCAAUUCAGGAAGCUCCUUGGAGGACCUAGUCAAAAGCCUGGCCACAACUACUACUCAGCUUCAUCAGGAGAUCAAAGCGGACAAGAAGGACCAAGAAGCUCGGAUAAGCCAACUGGCAACCGCUAUUAACCGUUUGGAGUCCCACGUUUAUGGGAAACUGCCAUCGUAG